CCACUCCCUGGAUCUCCUGGAGCUGCGAAAAAACUAGUUUACGCAUUUUGCGUGUGCAAACAGACAUUGAUAGGCGAUGUGGAUUUAUAUUUAUGGGCCUAGUCGGGCGUGGCCUUGAUCUAGAAUUUCAGUAGUGCCGGCCCCAGCGUUUUUCCUAUGUUUUCAUUUUCAUUUUCGUUUUCAUUUACGUUUUCAGCGCCGCACAACGCGGCGUAUGUGUGAUGUGCGAUGGCGAUGUGAUCUCGGGCGAUCUCAGCCUGGCUGUUAUAAUCCUGGCUUACGAUAUGGACUCGGACUCUCUACAGGAUCAGUACGAAAGGGAGCAGUAUAAUUUACGCAAAAAAAUUUGUCUCCAAGGUCCGGAAUAUGGAAAGUGCAAGGGUCGCCGGACACUGUGGUACUACAAUACCAACAGGUCCAAGUGCCAGACCUUUACCUAUUCCAAUUGUGGUGGCAAUGGCAACCUUUUCUAUACCUACGAAAGUUGCAAGGAAUUCUGCGGUAAAUACAACUGGCACAAGGGUCCUCCUGUCCAAGGACGUCGACGUAUGGCUGCUCCUAGAAAUAAGGAACUUGAUAAAAUUCCACAAUAAAAAUAGCUUGUGAAUAUUAAGAAAAAUUAA